AUGUCAUAAAAGAAAUAAAAAAUUUUUUUAGGUUUAAGAAGGUUUUAUAGCUCUUAUUUUGAUAGGCAUGUUGUGCUUGUGAUAGAUUUAAGCAAUCAUAGAGUUGGUAAUAAUUCUCUAAUAGGCAAGAGGUUAUCAAAAUGUGAAAAUGUGCAAUAUUUAACUUUAAAUUUAGACAAGAGUCAACUUAAAGCAGUUGGAACUUAAAAAUUAUGCGACGGGAUAAUAAAAUGUAGCAAGCUUAUUUCAUUAAAUAUUAACUUAAGUUGCAAUAAAAUUCUAGACGAAGGUGUUUCUAGUUUAGGAGCCUGCAUUAAAAGCAUUUCUAAUUUGACAGAGCUCAUUUUAGAUUUAACUCUAAAUCAUAUAGGAACAAAAGGAGGAAAUGAUAUAGUAGCAGCCAUAACUUCAUGCCAGAAUUUGAAAAAAUUAACUCUAAUAGCGAAUUGUAAUAGAUAUUGGGAUUAAGAAGACUUUAAGCUUUUAGGUUCUUUCAUAGCAAAAAACUAAAAUCUCUAUUCUGUGAUCCUAUCUUUUUUCAAUUGUUGGUUUUUUCGUCAUUGGGAAUAUAUGGACUUGGCAACUAUAAUUGAGCGUAAAGAUCUCUAGAAUUUGGAUAUCAAUUUUUCAUCGUCUUCAAAAAAAAUAAAAAAUCAUCCAUGUUUUAUUCCUCCUACUAUACCAUGUUAAAGUAAUCUCUUAAGUUUGAGACUCUAUUUAGGGAAAAACUAUAACAUUGAAAAGGAUUUUAAAUAAAAUUUCUUUUCUGCUUUAGCAAAAUGCGUUAAUCUGAUAUACCUUGAAUUUGAAAUUAGAUUUUGUGGAGAUACUGUUGAAGCUUAGUAGAAAUGUAGGAGUUAAAUUCUUAAAAUAAAAAGAUUAGUUUAAAAAACGGUGUUCAUUUAAAUUUAAUGA